AUGGUUCGAUGGGAUGGAAUGCAUGUGAACAACCUUGGCACUGAUCUGUGGGUAUGUGGAUCAGUGAUCAAAAAGCUUCUGGACUAUGACAACAUAUUUGGAGGUUUGGACAUGGAUGAACCGGAUCGGCUCUUGCUUGCCUAUGACAUGUUUAAAACAUGGAGCAGAACCAAUAAGGUCCGGCACUCAAUGCCGAAGUUCCGUCCAUGGCGUUUGCGCUCCAAAAACCAUCCCUGGCCAGAGCUUCAAUCCAAGGCCUACAAUGCUCGCUGUGUGCUCGCCUGGCUUUGUGAUGAAGUGGUAGCACUGGCAAACAGUGAGAGCUUCAGGGAUGACCAGUGGAUGCCCCUUUUGGCAUCGUGCACGUUCCAUCUGGCUGAGUGGCAUCGCAAGACUGAGUUGCUAGGAAGGUUCUUGGUGCCGGAUGAGGCCAUGGAUCUUCAGAGGGAAUGUGAUGGUUGUUUGACCUACUAUUUGGUCCUGAGCCAUAUGGCCGUGGCUGCUGGCGUUUUGCUCUUCCCGAUCCGGCCGAAGCUCCAUGCAUUCCAAGAGAUAGCACUAGCUCAGCGGGAAGAUCUCAUCAACCAUCGUUUUUACCAGGGCUUCAAACCUGAAGAUUUCAUUGGUCGAGUGUCCACCAUUUGUGGUGCUGGCAACAACUCCAAUGUUGAGUACAUAGCCAUCCAGCGUUUUUAUGUAGGGUCUCUUGGAUUUGAUGGUAAUCUUUAUAAGUUGCACUGUUUGUGUGUAUCUUUAGGCUUUGCAUUGCUGGGAGCAGUCAACCUAUCUGUCAACUCAGGCAGAAGAGCCAUGAACGGCUGGGGAAUGACAGCUCCAGUGACGGAGCCUAGUGUAUACUUAAUUAGUUCUUUGCUUCUGGCUGCUAGGGCAUGGUGA